AUUCGAGGACCUAACCUAACCUACAACUAAAUUAGGGCCGCCAAAGCAUGACAAGUUUCGACAAGAGAAAACCCAUAUUGGUUGGACCAUGGGGAGGUCAAGGUGGUUCGUCAUGGGACGAUGGGGUGUGGACCGGGAUCACAAAACUCAUGAUAUCUUACGGAGUUGGAAUUUACACGAUUCAAGUUGAAUACGAUAAAAACGGGACACUCUUGUGGUCAGAUAAGCACGGUGGUCGUGCAGGGCCUAAGACGGACAUUGUCAAGUUGGAUUACCCGCAAGAAUAUCUUACUUCAAUCCAUGGACAUCAUGGAUCUUUAAAUGAAAGGGGACCUGUAUUCAUUAGGUCUUUAUCUUUUGAAAGCAAUAUAAGAACAUAUGGACCAUAUGGUACUAAUGAGGAAGGAACAUAUUUCACUUUUCCAAUGAAUGGAGGCAAGAUUGUUGGUUUUCAUGGAAGAGCCGGUUGGUAUGUUGAUGCAAUUGGAGCUUAUUUAGAGCCUAUCAAUUCUAUUUCGAAAUAUCCUUCAUCCACUUCGGCACAAUCUCAAGGGUACUCGAUGGUUCAAGCUCUUGAAAAUGGAUACGAUGUCAUUCUCGCUUUUAGGCAGAAGAAUAACCUCAUGAAUGGCGAAUCUUCGAAUUACAUUUCGGAGUCAAAGAUGAACCAGAAGUCUCAUAAUCAAACCGUUGUUUAUAAUGCGAAUACUCUCGAGAGAAUUCCCUCGACAACGGUCAAAGGAGCCGUGUCACACGGAACAUGGGGUGGAGCCGGGGGGACAACUUUCGACGAUGGGAUCUACACGGGCAUUCGACAAAUUACCUUGUCUCGAAACAUGGGGAUUGUGUACUUAAGAGUUUUGUAUGACAAGAACGGUGAAGCUACAUGGGGAGGAAAAAACGGUGGCAACGGAGGGUACAAAUCGGACAAGAUAACAUUUGAUUACCCUUAUGAAGUCUUGACACACAUUACCGGUUUCCAUGGACCUACAAUGGUUAUGGGUCCGACGAUUAUCAAGUCCCUCACGUUCCAUACUACAAAGGCGAGGUACGGCCCUUAUGGUGAUGAACAAGGGGAGUCGUUUUCUACAAACAUAAGAGAAGGGAAGAUUGUCGGUUUCUAUGGUCGUAAAGGGUGGUUUCUCGAUGCCAUUGGCGUUCAUGUUAUGGAAGGAAAAGUUAUCGUGCCAAUACGCCCUCCAAAUGCGAAAAUCCUUCCCCAAGUAAAUAAAAUAGUUGCUAAAGAGGAGCCUCAAAGUCCUAGGAAAACUAACAAAUUUGAAAUACCACGACGAGGGUCGGUUGACGAGUUAAAAAAAAAGGUGGUGGUGGUGCAAGAACCAGCUAUAGAUGGGACAGGACCAUGGGGAGGUGAUGGUGGAAGACAAUGGGAUGAUGGUGUAUUCACAGGCAUCAAACAAAUUCAUUUGACAAGAAAAGAAUCCAUUUGUUCUAUACAAAUCGAGUAUGAUCGAAACGGGCAAUCUGUUUGGUCUGUCAAACACGGAGGCAACGAAGCUGAUAACCUCGGAGCAAAUACAAUUCGGAUGAAAUUGGAAUAUCCAAAUGAGGUUUUGAGAAGCAUAAGUGGAUACUAUGGUGAAGAAAGGGGGAGAAUGGUGAUUAAGUCAUUGACAUUUACCACAAGUAGAAGGAAGAUGGGUCCAUAUGGGGAAGAGAAGGGAACUUUCUUUAGCUCAGUUACAACAGAUGGUAAAAUAUUAGGGUUUCAUGGAAGAAGUGACAUGUAUUUGGACUCCAUUGGUGUUCACAUGCAGCAUUGGUUGGGGAAUUCUAAUGCUAGUAAUAAAUAUGGAAACCUAGUUAAAUCAUCUUUCACCAAGAUUUUCACCUAAAUCUUCUUAUCUUUCACUACUAUAUAUAUAUAUAUGUAAGAGUUUUAUAUUUAUUAGAUAAUAACAACUUUGUAUUA